GUCACCUUGGGCCUAGACGCUCCGAGAUCGACCAGUAAUAGGCCCAAAACUCCAAAUCGAGUUCCGAUAGACUCGAGAGAAGCUUCUCAAAAAAAAAAAAAAAAAAAUAGACUCGAGAGAAAUCAGAGCUGCUUGCGAUUUCCGAGCUGUGCUGCCUCUUGCCUUCGCCGUUGCCAUCGACGAAAAACACCGGCUCCUCGUCAAAAAAAGGUGGAUCAAAAAGCGGUGGUGCACGUGCGGUCGACGGGCGAUGCCCCGAUACUGAAGCAAUCCAAAUUCAAGAUUUCGGGACGAGAUAAAUUUUUUAAGGUCAUUGAGUUUCUUCGCCGACAACUUCAUCAGGAUACACUGUUUGUCUAUAUCAACAGUGCAUUUUCGCCAAACCCAGACGAACUGGUAAUUGACUUAUAUAACAACUUUGGAAUUGAUGGGAAACUGGUGGUAAAUUAUGCUUUAUCAGCAGCAUGGGGCUAAACUUGCUGCAUGAGCAAAGAGAUAAUAGAGACCCUGAAAAUUAUCCAUGGCAAUUGUAAAUCACAUCCAGUUUUUGUGCUAAUGAGUCUGUAAAUCUAAAUUUGUAAAAGUUAUUAUUCACAUGUCACCAUCACCCAAAUGUAUUUCUCCUGUAAACGAUUCCACCCGUAUCGUUCAUCACGUUGCACCACAGCCCGUGCUCGUGCAUGUGGCUGUCUGGAUUGGUGGAUUGGAAGGACUGUUCUAACGACUUCAUUA